AUGGAGUAUAGAAGAACUGAUCUUAUCUUCAAUGAUUUGUGUGUUAAUCACCCCAAAGAAGUACUGAAACAUGUUUCUGGAGUAGCGACAAGGGGAAACAUAUUGGCUGUCAUGGGUCCUAGUGGUUCUGGGAAAACAACUUUGCUGAAUGCUUUAGCUGGAAGAGUCCACGUCACCUCCGGGAAGAUAACUCUGGAUGGAUCUUCAUUUGGGAAACAACAACGACGUCGUCUUGGUUACGUUCUCCAGGAUGACGUCUUCCUGUCCAACCUGACGCUAUGGGAGACAUUAUAUUUUACAGCGAUUCUAAGUAUGCCAAAAACAACUUCACAAGAACAGAAAUUGAAACAAAUAGACAGCAUCGUGACAUCCCUUGGACUCGAAAAGUGUCUUCAUACAGUUGUUGGUGACAUCUUUAAUAGGGGUUUAUCUGGUGGAGAAAGGAAAAGGACAAGCAUUGCAUGUGAACUUCUUCGAGACCCAGACCUACUUCUGAUAGACGAACCCACUUCUGGGUUAGACUCAAGCAUUGCACAUGAUUUGAUGGUACAGCUGAGAGAUUAUGCUACGAAUUACAACAAGACAUUAGUAACAACCAUUCACCAGCCUUCUAGUCAAGUCUUCCACAUGUUCUCCAACCUUCUGCUUUUACUUGAGGGACAGGUCGUAUACUUUGGCCCUGCGGACUCUACACUAAGCUAUCUGACUAGUCUCGGGAUAUCGAUUCCAGACGAAUACAACCCUGCCGAUAUUUUGUUGGAUGUAAUCACUUCAGACAGCGACACCGUCAGUACAAUCAAAGAAGGGGCUAUACAGAAAAGUUGGCUGACAUUCUGUGAUAAAUUUGAGUACAUUCCACGGAAAAAUGUGGCUAGAGUUGAUGACAACAGUGCUAUUGGUACUGAGAGAGGUGUAGUGAGAAAGGAACGGUCAGCAGGAAUGUACCGAUUGUCCACCUACUACCUGUCUAAGAUGACCAGUGAACUACCAUUUGUGCUGAUAAACCCUGUGUUGAUGAUAUCGAUGAUUUACUGGGUCGUCGGCCUGGGAGAGGUUGAUGGUUAUUUUGUGUUCCUGGGUAUCGGAAUACUUUACACCCUAAUGAUGCAGAGUGUGGGCCUUGUGAUCGGAUUUUGUAGUUCUGACCUACGCUUCAAUAUGGUGGUUGUAUUCAUGUGCUUGAAUGUGUCCCUAAAUAUAGGUGCUUAUCAUAAUGAAGAUUAA